CAGAAAAUAUGAAAUUCUAAUGAAGGUGUAUAGUCAUGACAUACCUUCUUUGCCGCUAGUCGGAAUCGCCUACUUGGCGAUUGGUAGCAGUGAAAAGCGAAUGAAAUUUAUACAAACGGUCGGUCAUGAAACAAAUAAAAAAGGUGGUAUUAUUGCUGAAUGGUUUGGUCCUACUCCUUAUUUAGUGGUAUCGGAUGCUGAGAUCGCAGGACUACUGUCAAAAUCAUGUCUAGAGAAAGAUGAUUUGUUCAGAAAAAUGAUCGGUUAUUUAGUGGGUAAUGGCAACAUUGUUGCAAAAGUUUCAGAGUGGCGUACUCGACGUAGGAUUUUAGUACCAACAUUCAACACGAAGAAUCUAAACAAAUUUGUCCACAUAUUUUCAAAGCAAGGUGAAAUAAUGGUAGACCAUUUGCGAAACAAGGCCGAUGCUCAACCCUUUUCUGUAUGGAGUUACUUUGCUGCGAAUAACAUGGAUUCUGUCUGUGAAUCAGUGAUGGGCGUUCAACUAAAGGCUCAGGAACAUUCCAAACACCCGUUCCUAUGGGCUUUUGCCGAAGCAUUCUAUUUCACUGCCAACCGUAUGUUCCAACCGUGGCUUUACAACGAUGCUAUAUACAGACUUCUGCCUUCCUACAGGAAACAUAAAAUCGCCAGAGAUACCAUGUUUGACUUCGUUGGUGACAUGAUUGUUUCAAAACGUAAAGAAAUAAAGAAUUGUCAUAAUAAAAAUAUGCAUAUCGACGAACAACCAAUGAAAACGUUUCUGGAGAUGUUGAUUGAGUCUUCAGAAGAAGAGGGAGGAUAUACUAAUGAGGAACUGACAGAUGAGACGAUGGUCUUAAUGUUAGCCAGCACAGAUACUUCGGCUAAUGCCGCCGCUUUCGCCAUGAUUAUGUUGUCGAGACACCCUGAAGUUCAAGAAAAAGUAUUUGAAGAGCUCAAGGAAAUAUUUGGUGAAUCGAAAAGACCAGUGGUUCCGGAAGACUUACCAAGACUCAAGUAUUUGGACGUGGUCCUCAAAGAAACAUUAAGGAUCUUUCCACCAGUACCAACAAUAUUAAGAAAAGUUACGAGUGAUUUUGCGUUGCCGUCUGGAGUGACAAUACCGGAGGGUUACGGUAUUUUAAUCAACAUUUGGGGUAUACAUCACAACUCUACCUACUGGGGCGAGGACGUGGAGGAUUUCCGACCAGAAAGGUUCCUGGAUACACCGUUCAAGCACCCAGCACAAUUCAUGCCUUUCAGCUUUGGACCAAGGAAUUGUCCAGGAUACCAAUACGCGUUGAUGUCAAUGAAAACGUUACUGGCGACAACACUGAGGGAGUACCGCGUGCUACCAGCCACGUCACCAGACGAAGCCAAUCGGUAUCCUCCACUGCGACUCUGUCAUGAACUUAUGUUGAGAGAUGCUGAUGAAUGGAGGGUUUGUCUGGAGCCUCGACGGAAAAAUAAUCUAUAAAUAAAAUAUGUUAAACUAUAAGGUUUUGGGAAAAGCCAAAACGGGGUACGGUCGAAGAAUUCUCAUUCGGGUGGGGUUGGAACUCGCAGAUUUCUUCACAUGUGGGCUGUUAUGUAACAUCAAUGACAGACCUCUUCAACCCUGGUCAAGCCAUACCAGUUCGUGGCAAGCCGUGACGUGUCAACAUUUUUCU